UAGUCAAAGACCAAUUGUAGUCGUAAAGUCAGUCAGUUACUCGCAUGUUUGUAUAGUCUCGUGUUAUUUUUUUAAAAACAAACAAUAGAAAUACUUCCAUUAAUCUAAAAUUGAUAAGUGAAGUGAAAUACAGGAGUUUGCUUCACGCUACGUGUGAGAUAAAUGCAGGUGAUGAGCCGGUUGAGCUCCCCGGCGGGCAGUAUGGACGAGGACGGUCUGGCUGGACACGCACUCAGCGACUUCCUCCUUCAGCUGGAAAACUACAACCCUUCCAUUCCCGACUCUGUUGUGGCACACUACUUGAACUCUUCUGGGUUCGAGUCACAGGAUCCUAGACUCAUUCGCCUCAUAGCUCUCGCCUCCCAGAAGUUCUUGUCGGACAUAGCCAACGAUGCCCUGCAGCAUUGCAAGAUGCGUACGUCAAGUCAGAUAACCCAGAGCUCCAAAAACCCAAAGGGACCAAAGGAGAAGAAGUACGUCAUGACAAUGGACGACCUGGUCCCCGCACUACAGGAGUACGGCAUCACUGCAAGAAAGCCUCAUUACUUCGUCUAAGGGUAAAAUUCCUAGAGUCCGUUUGAAAAUUAAGUUAUUAUGUAAGAUUUAAGACUCAUGUAUUGUCAACGUCACUACGAAACACACCACUGUGGUGUCGUUUACAAUUUUUUUUUAGGUAAUCAGUAAUCACACCACAAUAAUGAAGUUCUAAUACAAAACAGGGUGACAAAGUACUAAACCAAAAACAAACUAAUGCUAUCAUCAUCAUCAUCAUCAUUGGCCUUAUACGUCUGUUUUAGACGAUUUAUGACGUCAUUGCCUCGAAGAAAUGCACUUUCUUUCAUGGCUGUGCAAGCCAACCCUAGAGCGGCAAACUCUACCGCACACUCUGCAGGAGAAGGCUCCAACUGGUGGAUUGUUGUUGGUUUGAUGGCGUUUGAUUCUCCUGCUCGCCAGUGUGUCAAACCAGGUGUGGUCAUGAGUGUCGCGUCCACCGAGCACACGCUUCUUCCACAGGUCUCGAUCAUCGGCGAGCUCCUCCCAUGCCUCGUGGUAAAUCCCAAAUGAGCUCAUGUCUCUUUUGACGCAAUCUAUCAUGAUGUUAAUGCUAUCAUGAUGUUAAUUUCUCACAAAUUACAGCAAACAUUGCAAAUGAGAUUAAAAAAAUAUGUGAUGAAAAUAAUGAAUAGAUGGUUGUUGUGUAAUAUUGGGUACUUACCUAUAAUUAUUUUAUUUUGCUUUUUUAUGAAGUUGCGGUAUGAUUAAUUUUGUCUUGCGAAUCCCUUAAGGUCGCCAAAUUUUAGCUACAUUACUUUUUAAUUAUUAAAACAUAACGAUUGUCGAUCACUAGUUGGCAGUGCUGUGGUUACUUAAAAAAAAUGUAAACGACACCACACUGGUGCGGUAUUUUUUUUUAUUUUUUAUUUUAAUUAUUGAAUACAACGAAAAAUUUACAAAAAAGAAUAAAAUAACACCGCUAAACCCCUCACGGGUUUGUCUCGGCGCUAUAAUCCGCUUACAAUUACUUAGUGCAAUAACAUAUAAAAAAUAAUAAUAAGAUAAAUAGAAAAAAUAUUAUUAAAAACAAAAAAGGCCGAAACGGUAUAAUAAUAAAUAAAUAUUAAAAUCGGAGGCAAUACAUGUUGCCGUUAUCGUUAUCGUGGUGUCGUUGACAAUACAUGUUUAAGACUGAUGAAAUCAUAAUCAGGCUACUGCUUUUUGUCCAUAAAUGUGACAUCUAAUGUUUUCUAUUAAAAGCGGUUCUUAUACUAACCAAACCAUGCAACCCUAUGCGACGAGCAAAUGCGCGAUCGGAAUGUUGUACACUAAUAGCAAAUUGGUAGGCGUAACCACGGAAUAGAAGAAAGGUUUGAAAGGCAUAAGAGCAUAGGCAUUUUGUAUAAGAACUGCUGUCCCCUGUUCAACACCCACUCUAUUUUACAUUAAGACCAGCUGUGCGCAAUUUUGGGUUCUGCGGAACCCACUUUAGGAAUUGCUGCUGAUCUAAAUGAACAAAACACUCUUAAAAAAAAUAAGUUUACUUUAAAAAAAAUAUUUUGGUCGGCUUACUUUUGAAACGGACUGUAGGUACCAAGUGUUAAUUUGGUAAUGUCACAGAAUAAAUAAUAGUGUAAUGUAUAAAUUUUAAAACUAAUAUAAUAAGUACGUGAAUGUGUCUUAUUUAGAUGAAAUUUUCGUGGAUUAAAAUGAUGUUUAGAAUACAAAAGAUAUCUAUAAUUUAGUGCUUAAUGCUACGUGUUGAUACCAAUGCUAUAAGAACGUUUUCACGUACAAGGUGUUAGUGCCACUGUACCUACUAAAUACUGACGGGGAUGAUUCAAAUUAUUAUCAAUUCAUACUUUUGGGACGGAAAAUUCCACCUGUUAUUAUAUAUAACUAAGAAUCAUUAGCUGAAUCACCCACCAAUCACUCAGUAUUCGUUACGAUGUCACUUACACCCCGUACAGUCAUGAGCAAUAUAAUGUACCCACUUUAGGACUCUGUCGCACUAACAUAUUUGACAUUUAGUGAGACUUACAGUUCAAUUUGUCAAAAAAGUUAAUGUGACAUGGUACCAAAGUGUAUACAUAUUAAUGCUCGUGACCGUACAUGUACGUACAGAUAGCCGUACGGGCGUUUGUUCACUCAACUCUUCCUCCACUCGACUCUCGACUCGGCCUACUCUGAGAAUUUCGGUAUUUAAAUUUGAGAUUUACGCCCUCGACUUGAGGACUUUACUCACUGGAGCCGAGCAUAUCAUAUUGCCAACAUAAUAAUACGAAAAUGACAUGUCUUACUCGAGUAGACUCGAGUUAAGGUUGAGGCGCCGUCUAUAGAUACCAAUUUUGAGCUCAGAAAUUUUGAGUGGCUUUUGUUACUUUUUUCUUUCCAAAGUUCUCUCUGUAGCUGGUUUUCUUGAUACUUGAUUAUAUUUUGUUAUGCCGUGCUCUGAAACUCAUCCACACCCUUACAUUUUGUUUAGGGUAGUUCUUCGGACACCGGUAGUCAAUCUUAUCAUCGUUAGCACAAAAAUAUCCUGGAAUUUUUGAUCUUAUUUUAAAUAUCCAGUUAGAAUUUACGUAAGUUCGUGACAUACAUAAGUUUUAAUCUUUGCAAAAAAAAAAGAACAUAGAUUCUACGAUACUUUUUGAGUUCACAGUAAUGGGUGAUCAAAGAACUACCCUUUAAAAUAAAAUAGUUUCAAAAUAUACUUAAAUAUACUUAUAUAUAAAACAAAUAUUAUACAUACAGACAAAUUGUGAACCUCCUUCUUUUUUUGAAGUCGGUUAAAUUAAAAAUAAAAUCUCUCGAAUUGUUACUAACUAUACUUUUGUUAUUGUCCUCACUAAUGUUGGUUGCAAAUAGUCCAAUUGUUUUCUUAUGCCUUAAUAGUGUAAUUACUAAUUAUAUUGAUGUGAUUUCGCAUAAUUUUAAUAUAAAUGUGAAUCUAAGAGGUAAAUAAGGUUUUGGAGAUAAUUAAAAGCAAUAAAUAAUUGAUUAUA